AUGGCAUCCGACCCUGUACCAAAGAGGAAGGCACAAGCUUCUGGAGCUACAGGGCACCAAAAAUCCGCAGAACCUUCUCGUAAACGCGCCAGAACCCAAGAUGCACGUAUCUUGGCAGUGCAGUCGGCUGACGCCGCUCUCUCUGCCACCGGCGAACUCGAUGUUGCAGCUUACGUUGGAGCUCGUGAAUAUGAGAUCAAGGCUUUAGAAGCUGGAAUGGAGCGCUCAAAGGGGGUUCUCAUGACUCGCGCAUUUCAACAAGUCCCGAGAUCGCUUCGGAGAAGGACAGCAAGUCACAAUGUGAAGAGAGUUCCCAGGAGGCUACGGACCAGAGCCAGGCGAGAGAUGAUAGAAGACAAUACUCCGACAGUCACUGCCCGGCGACGAAAACCCACCAAAAUUCUACGUAUCCGCUUGGAAACUGCGCGCCGUCUACAAAGCCUCAACAAACGAACUAAAUCAAAACGAGCGGCCUCGAAGGCUACAAGGGACCAAGCUUCCAAAGAUGCGAUAGCAAAAGAUGGUGGAAGUCAUGUUUAUACGAUUGCUCCUCGAGUUCCGAAGAUUAAGAAGAAUAAACUAUCGCAACCACCACCCUCUAACUCAAAAUAUAGGAAACGCCAACGAGGGAAGACAUGGUUACCUACGCAUAUGUUCCAUGCGAAGCGUGCUCAUAUGACACCUCCCAAGGAACCCCUUUGGCGCUUUGCAGUGCCUUUGACUCCAACUGAGAAGAGCUAUCGGCCUACACAUCGUGCAGCAGGAUCAAGAGGAGCUGUAGCGUGGGAUAUGAGCUAUAUAUCUACUAUUCAGCUAGAAGGGAUACGGCCUGCCUUGGAAAUUGUCUUAAAGACUCUCCACAUUGAGGGUGAAGAUUGCUGGGGAUCCAAAGGAAAGAAAUGGCGACAAGGAACGAGAGCAAUUCAGAGAUGGAUCUACGAAGCAGGAGAUAACGCGAAGCCGAUAGCACCGGUAACUUUGAUAUGGUGCGCAGCGGCGGAUCCAGAAGAUACCCCAAUGGGUAACGCAGAGGACACAAGUGGGCGGAAACGAAAACAGAAUAGGGACAAGAUAUUCAUUCGUGUCCACCCAUCGGCUUUCCUUCAACUCUGGGAGUUGAUUCUCCAAACAUCAAAACGGCAGAACCCGCCUGUGAUGGUUGAAGAUUUACGAUUUGAUAUCGGAUGCAUUGAAAUUACCGGUCCAGGGUCGACAGAGGCCCUCAUUGCUACAAUGCGGCCUUUUGAUGGGUUGGAAAGUAAAGCAGUAGAAGCGGGAAGCCCUUCGGCAAUAUGGCCAUCUCUUUUGGGAGUCACAAAUCCUUCUUCUUUGCCAGCUGGGGCACUUCUGUCGUUUAAUAUAGGUGAUCCCCGUCUACACUUUCCUCUGCGACCUGAGAAGCCUCCAACAUCCGAAUCAAGUAUGAAUGAUCUUGCCAAUAUUCUCUCCAAUUGGCAGCCUGAUCGCUUUCGUACUUCUCCUUCUCUCUUUGAUCGGUCUGCGCGGUUGACUGCCAGUCGUUGUUUACCAAGUCAGAAAGCAAUCCACCGUCGAAGGACAUUAGCCGGUCCUAGUGUACCACUAGAACCCCAGUCCUCUGAUCCUCGUAUUCCAGUCAUUGCUUUGGCGUCCAGGCCAGAAAACAGCUCUAGGGAUAUCAACUCUCACGGCUCCUGGACCGUUUUAUUGCCGUGGAAGUGUGUGACUCCUCUUUGGUAUAUGCUCAUGUACUAUCCUUUAUCUAGUGGAGGAAACCCGAGAUUUGGUGGACUAAAGGAACAGCGUCAAUUAGCUUUUGAGCAUGGUCAACCAUGGUUUCCAGCAGAUUUUCCAGGAACUCGUGCCGGCUGGGAGUGGCACCUCCAAGAACAAGAAGUACGAAAGAAGGAAUGGGAGAGGCGGCCUAAGGGAAGAAGAGCCGAAUUUGAGAGCAUUGACUUGGGUAAUGGACAGAGGGGCGAAGUAGGCCAGGGCUGGGCCUGUGACUGGGAGAGAUUGGUUCGGGGAAGAUCUCAAGACAAAGCCAUCACCGAGGAAACCCAAGACACGAAUGGUACUGAGGUUGUUGAAAACAGUCUGCCGGAAGGUGUGAUUCGAUCCCAAUCAUCGCUACCAACGGUGCAACAGCUAAAGCUAGAGACAUUCCACCUUAACUCCAACACCAAACCUUGGCGAUUCGCUGAUGACAAGCCUUACGUUGCUACGGUGAAAGUGACUCUAAUUGGUCGUGGGACGCCUACUCCGUGUGCGCGCCUAUAUCGACUUCCGUCAAAUAAUCCAGAACUACGCAGUCAGUGGUUGCUUUCGGCUUCCUCCACUCCAAAAAACAAUACUCAUAAUUCCCCUCAAAGAGCCCAGAUUCCGAAAGGCUCUCACGUAUCGAACUAUCAAAAGCAGAAACAGCAACCCCCAGCAGAUCCAAUAUCGAUAAUGAACGAAUCCCGGCAGAAACUUGCAUCUUCGCUACUUGAGGCAUCAUCUCCUGAACAACAGAAAAGUCAUCUUCCCUCGCCGUCUGAAGAGGAUUUAAUUGGUUUUGUCACAUCUGGCAAUUACAACUUGGCCCAAGGAAAAGGGACGGGUAUUGGUGCUAUUCUGCUCUCAAAGAUAAAGAGUGACAUUGUCACAUCGGAUCAACGACGCAAUGGGAAGAGAUCAACCAACAGACUCAAUAGUGAAAGACGAUGGUGUAUUGUACGCUCUGCAGGGGAGCGAGUUGGAAGAUUGGGGAAAUGGGAAUUUGUGUAA